CCGCCGCCGAAACCGAGCAGUACCACUAUCCCUUCAACUUGUUAUGGAGCAGCCUCAUGAUUAUCACGAGAGGAAGAUGAAUCCUCUAAGAAUCACCAGAAACGCCCCGAAACGGCUGCUGCCUUCGACGGUAACGCCAUCGCAGUCGCUGCCAGUCCUUCCGGAUGAACUCCUCACAGAAAUCUUUCUGAGACUUCCGGCAAGGCUGCUUCUUAGUGUACGGAGUGUGUGCCGUUCAUGGAGAACCCUAAUUUCCAGUUCCCAAUUCGCCAACUACCAUAUUCAACGUUCAAUCACCGCGGAUCCAAGUUUGGGUGGGCUCCGAUUUGUUGUUUAUCAUCAUAAUUUCCAGUACAGAUUUGGAAAUUUCUCCGUACGAUGCUUGUUCGAGAACCCUUCCAAACCUACUGAAGAUGCUUUCUUCCAGAAAAGCGGUCGCCACCAAAUUAUUGGCUCUUGCAAUGGAUUGAUGUGCUUGCUUGAGAAAGUUGGCAAAGACUACCGUGUCAUGCUGUGGAAUCCCUGUACCGGAUUGACAUCCGAUUUGCUGGAAAUUCGGGGUUAUACCAUAUGGGCUUCCGGCUUCGGCUAUGAUCAUGUGAAUGACAAAUACAAACUUGUUACGACUUUAUAUCAGAAAUCUCAUAUAAUUGAGACCAGAAUUUAUACAUUUUGCAGGAAUCCUUCCAUGAGAACGAUUCAAGAUGUUUCAUUUCGUAGAAUAUAUGGUACUAUUACAGUGUUAAAAGGGGUAUUUGUGCCUGGCACUGCCACUCUUAACUGGAUUCUUAGGCAUGACACACGGACUCUGGAUUUCUUGCUGGUUCUUUCCCUUGACUUGGUGAACGAGACUUGUACUCAGUUUUCCCUGCCCCUCAACAAUACUCAGUAUAAUAAAACCAUCUUCCCACGGUUAUGUUUGCUGAGGAACUGCCUUGCAUGUUGUUUUAAUCAUGAGAAAAUUCAGUGGUCUGUGUGGGUGAUGAAGGAGUAUGGAGUGCCUCAAUCUUGGACUAAAUUGGCCAUCAUCCCCUAUCACUCGAGUCUAUCUUCAGAGCAUAUAGGAUAAUAGGAACCAAGACUGCUGGACGAAUCAGGAGCCAUGCAGAGAAAUUCUUCACAAAGGGUAAUGGCUACCUUUUCAUCUUGAUCAUAUGUUAGGAAUAUUCAUCUUUCCUUUUAACUUGCUGAUGAUUUGUUUAGUGCUUUGGUACAUCACUUUGUAUACUUUAAUCAAUAUAAUCCCCCUCCAAUGGCAUCAAAUAAUUUUGUAUCUAAACUAAUGCUUUGGAACUUAGAAGGAUCUCACAUGAAAGUUAAGUAAAUCUGAUAAAUUCACCAUUUGUAGAAAAAUUCAGAGCAAAAAUGGUUUUUUAUGUUCAUGUUUUGUUGAGAAAGUUGUGAGCACUUUUUAAAGUCUUUGAUUUGAUAAAUCAUUUUCAAAAAGUGGAUGUGAGGUUGGGGACUUGAGGUAGAUUAUGUUAAGUUUUAUAGACGUGCUUCAAGGAUUAUGCAUUGAAACCUAGAGCUGUGUCUCAAAAUAAAUUUUAAAAAAAUUCAAUGGAAAAUUAGUUUUUGUAAGUAUAUAAUUAGAUGUGUGCUAAUUUAAAUACUUCACAAAACCAAUAUUUUUAUGUUGUAACCUGGAAAACGUUACGUUGAUUUUCUUAAUUUUAAGUUUGAUGGGAAAGGCUAAUACACAACCAGCAUAUGAUACUAUGAUCUCAUUUUUGAAAUGCAUCCAGUCAUAAUUUGUUAUGUGGUUUCUGAUAUAGUAUUGUUAUUGAAAUAAAAACUAUUUGAGUCACCAAAUCCUUUCUUGAAAAAACCUACCAAGUUCACAAUUUCGAAAACUGACAUUUCAAUUUACUUGGAUACUCAAUAGUAGCAGCAAUUUUACUUCUGUUACUGCUCAAGCUUAAUGUUCUAAGUGAGAAUUAGUUCUUUAGAGUUGCAUGUUAUGACUCUUUUGUACUGUGAAAAAGUUGGCAAUUAAAGUAGUUUGUUUCUUGAUAU